GCUCUGCCUCGUGCCUUUUGAUCAGUACAACACGUAUACGAAUCUCUGAAUAAUUUUGUUAUUUCUCGAGAAGCUUUCAAUCCCUGGUCUACAAGAAUAUUGGUCUCAGUUUGAACAUGAGAGAUCUCUCCGAUUGGAUUGAAUUUUUCGCUUCUGCGGGCGUGCCUGCAAAUGUUCGAAAAACAUAUGCCCAAAUCUUCGUAGACCACCGCAUAACGGACGCAGUCGUUGCUGACCUGGAUAAGGAUCACUUAAAGGACAUGGGCAUCGUUGUGGUCGGAGACGUGAUUGCUAUCCUGAAGCGGUGCAAGAAAGUUGGUCAUGAGGAUCCUUCCACUGUCGUCCCCACGGUAACAUCUACAACACCUAGGUUAGAAAAGCAGUUGGAUUCAUCAUCCCCUUUCAAUUCAACGCCCCUCGCAACCCCGCCAGCAUCUUCGCAUCGUCGCCGUAUGAAUCCAGAAAUUGAAGGCAAAUAUGUCGUCAAACAACCAGUUGGAACCACUGCAAAGACACAACAUAUUCUUGCAGCUAUGAAGCAGCGAGCGACGACAACUUCGAAAUUCAAGGCCGUACAAGCUGCACCGGAGAAAAAUGCCACAGAUACUGAGAAGCUGACUUCUUCGACCACCUUCGGGGACAGCGAUGUGGAUGAUUCGGAUGGGUACCGCGUGAUUCUUUCCAGGAAGCAAAAAGCUACCGCACCGACUCUACCAUCAGUUUUCGACCGUCUUGGCGGAGUAUGCAGUGCAUCACUUAGCUCACCCCACAACUCCGCCGGUAUCGCUGAUCGUUUAAUUCGUCGAAAUCUCAGUCCUCCGUCAAGCACUAAUUCUCGUCCUCUCGUCUCUACUCCUGGCGUUGAAGAACACCCGAGGCGAGCAUCCACUUUGACUGCCCAUCGUAUUGGUUUCACAGCGAAGCGCACGCCUUCGUCCGGUACUGCUUCCGCGCUCGCUGUAAGCAAGGUUGCUCAGAAGCGUCAGGGCAGCGAUUCUGUGUUCACUCGUUUAAGUGAACAUAUUCACCCGAGUGCAAAACUUAGUGAUAUUGGACACGCAACCCAACAUUCUACAGAGUCUUUGAGUUAUGCGGGUAUUUUGAAGCGCCAGCGAAAACAGCCACUGCAGACGUUCGAGGAGGCCUCUGUUUUCAGACCCAUGCCUAUCACUUACAGUGAAGGUGUCCUCAGUGGCACUCCCUCUACAAUAUCGCCACAGAAAUUUUCACGAACAGUUCCUGUGAAAAAUCGUUUGGGUAAGCCGGAAUGGUUCUUCGUUUACGUCCACAUUCUCUAA